CACAAGUGUGAGUGAGACUCUGCUAGGGAAUGGCUCUGUCCAUGGGAUGUAUGAGUUUCCUGGCACUUCCUUUCCUCGAAGUUACUAAGUGAAAGCUCCCGGCUUCUGUCAUUCAUAGGCUGGAAGGAUGCUCAGAUGCUGUCUAAUCCCAGAUCUAACCAGGGACACAAAGUGGAUUCCUAUUCUGCCUUUAGGAGGAAAAUCCCAACUUUGCCCUCUUCUAGGAUCACGAGAAGCAGCGGUACUUGGAGGAAGCAGCUUUAAGGGCUUUCCAGAUCUUUGCUGCGGUUAAUUGCCUUUCCUCUACGGCCUAUUUUAUUUCUCAUUUCCUUUGAGCUGAUGUCACCCGUUUCCUCUUCUCUAGUGACUCUGCAGUCAGGCUGCAGUUGCUCCCGUUCUUGGUGUCCUGUUCUUGAGAGCUGCCUGCGUGGAGACCUUCCAGCCCCAGGUCAGAGAAAAUAAUGCUUGGAAGAAGAUCAAGCAUCUUCAGUAAAACACCCAUCACCGCUCUACUGAAGCUGAAGAUGGACAAAUCGUGCUGAAGCCUUUCGACUCUGGUGAGAAGGGAAGCUACAGCAGGGAAUUCUACUUCAAACGUGCCCGCUCAGCACCACGAUGGCUGGAAAGGAUAAAGGCGGUGCUGCAGGUGGUGCUGGUUCCUACAUUUCCUGCUACAUCGACUCAGAGUUUCGCUACAACCUCUUCACUGUUUUCUACAGCAUCAUUUUCAUUCUGGGCUUUGCUGCCAACUGCUACGUGCUCUGGAUUUUCAGCCGCAUUUACCCCACCAAGAAACUCAAUGAGAUCAAGAUAUUCAUGGUGAACCUGACAGUAGCUGACCUGCUCUUCUUGGUUACGAUGCCAAUGUGGAUUGUUUACUAUCACCACCGUGGAGACUGGAUCAUGCCCGAGUUCCUCUGUAACGUGGCUGGCACUCUAUUUUUUGUGAACACCUACUCUUCUGUUGCCUUCCUGAUGGUCAUCACAUACAACCGUUACCAAGCUGUGACUAACCCCAUUAAAGCUGCUCAGUUUACCACCCAGCGAAGGGGGAUCUACUUAUCAGCAGCUAUCUGGAUUAUAAUCGUGGGCAGCUCUUUGUAUUACCUUUUUGACAAUAAUACUAACAAGGAGGAGGUCAAAUCUAGGAAUGUCACGCGGUGCUUUGAGCACUAUGACUCUUCUGGCAGUGUUUCAGCUGUUCUCGCCAUCCACGUCAUCAUCUGCAUCCUCUUCUAUAUCAUUUUCAUCUUUAUACUAGGCUGGAACAUCAUCAUUAUCAGGACCCUGUUCUCCAAACCAACACAGCCACGGAAGAGUGCUCAUGUCAAGCAAAGGGCACUCUGGAUGGUGUGCACAGUGCUAGCUGUGUUCAUCAUAAGCUUUGUACCUCAUCACCUGGUGCAUCUGCCCUGGACCCUGACUGUUCUGGAGCAGUGGAAGAGAGAAAACUGCCAGUUGCGCCAACAGCUCAAUGAUGCUCACCAGGUGACUUUGUGCCUCUUGAGUACAAACUGUGUGUUGGACCCUAUCAUUUACUGCUUCCUCACCAAGAAGUUCCAGAAGCAUCUUUCAGAAAAACUGAAAAGCAUGAAAGGGAGUCGCAAGUGCUCCAGGCAAACCACAGACACAGUGAUUGAGGGCACCAUUCACCAGGAGGAUGCCAUUGGGAUCUAGCUCAGCCCUGCUCCGACUGCAGAUUGAGAUGUGUGAGUGAGUCACCCAUCUUUUCUCAAGGAGAGGCACUGAGGGACACAGCAGAGCAGCAGGAUCUUACAUUUCCUUUUUCCCAUUAGACAGAAGAAUGGAUGCUCAUUUCUUCUAUCACAUGCAACUGGCAGAACUGGAGCCUGCAGCAGUCUGGCAGAAAAGCACCUUCUGUCUGGGCUGAUGUUCUCAUGGGCACCCAGAACAGUUCACAUGGUCUGCUUUUAUGUGAGAGAAAUGUGUCACCAGGUCUGUGCGCUGAGCAGGUAGAAGCUGAGUGCACUGAAAUCCCCCCAGCACCGUCCCUGGUCCUCUGCCUGCCCAGCUCCCAUGAAGAAUCCAGCAUCAGAGACUCCUAAAAGACCUGGAAGAACAGAGCUGCUCAUCUCGAGUGACUUUUGUAAGCACGGUUCUGUGAAGAGAGUCUGAGCUGUUCUUGAGUGCCUAGAGGGGUUGUAGUCCAAAGAGUUCCUCAAAUGCCUUCAAAGAAGAGAUCUGCACCUCUGAUCCCUUCUUGCCUACUUGCAUGGUCUGGUGGGGCCCAGACCUGACGUGCCUGGCAGGAGCUAUCACAGACUUUUGCCUCUGCUCCCAGCUCUUGGAUCAGUUU